AUGGCAUCAAAGAAACCCAUCGUUCUCCGCAUAGGCGAGGAUAUCAAGUAUAAUCAUGACUUUUACAACAAUGUCUUUACGAAGCGAUAUGACGUUGUCGCGAACGAAGAACCCGACAGAGAAUCAUUCAUCAAAGCACUAAAGGAGAACAAGUUUGGCUCUUGGUAUGAAAUUCACUACUACGAUGUGGUUCGCUCGCCUCCAGAAGCCGAGAAAGAGCUACAAGCGACAUAUCAUUCAUCCCUCCACGAGCUACUGGGCAUUGCGGAUUGCAUUACUCUACAUACUCCGCUCAACGCUCAUACUCAAGACCUCAUCAACAAAGAAGCAUUUUCCGCCAUGAAAGAUGGCGCGAGACUUGUCAACACAGCUCGAGGUCAGAUCGUUAAUGAAGAAGCGCUGAUUGAAGCCCUAAAGAGUGGCAAAAUCUCGGCUGCUGGUCUGGAUGUUCAUUACCACGAACCUCAGGUUUCGAAAGAACUUGCAGCUAUGGAUAACGUCACGCUGACUUGUCAUAAUGGAGGAGCGGCUAUUACGAAUAGAAUUAAUUUCGAGCUUAUGGCCAUGGAAAAUAUUCUGAGAGUGGUGGAUGAGAAUGGGGAGUUUUGUGGCGAGCCGACUACGGCAGUGAACCGCAAGGCCUUUGAAGAGGCUUCUUCCUCCUUCAUCACCUUGAUCGGUAAGCUUUUAAAGAUGUACAAGGCAGUGGCGGAGUUCUUUAGGCCAAAGGCCACCAGAACCUUGCACUAUGCUCAUCUCAAAAACAACACUCAUCCAACGUGGUACAAGGACUCCGGCUUGCGUAAGAAUGUCUGGCACUGCGUCGGUUUCUACUUCGCUGUCUUCUACCUUGGCUUCGAUGCCUCCCUCAUGAACGGUCUUCAAGCGAUCCCCCAAUGGGAAGAAUACUUCAACUAUCCAUCCGGAGACACCCUAGGUCUGAUCUCGGCCAGUUUGUUUCUCCCAGCGAUCAUUACUCCCUUUGCAGCGUCGUGGAUCAAUGGACUUUGGGGAAGGAAGUGGUGCUUAGCUGUUGGCUCAGUGCUGUUAAUCCUCGGUGCUUUCCUUAACGUUUUUGCGAAGAAUCUCGGAACGUUUAUUGGUGGCAGAGUCAUUAUCGGCGCAGCUGGGCCUUUCGGAAAGAUCACCGGCAUUGCACUGCUUCAGGAACUGGCACAUCCUCGUCUAAGACCAUAUGUUGCGACGGCGUAUUACAGCAACUAUUAUGUCGGUCAAAUCGUCGCUGCAUGGUUUUGCUAUGGCACACUAUCUUGGCCAGAUACCGAGUGGAGAUGGCGAGCACCCUGCCUGUUCCAAGCCUUUGCUCCAGCUAUUGUACUUGUACACCUUCUUUUUGUACCGGAAAGCCCUCGAUGGCUCAUCGACCACGACCGAUCCGAAAAAGCCCUCAAAGUUCUUGCCGACGAACAUGCCAACGGCGAUCUCAACGACGAACUAGUUCGAUACGACGACUUCCUCAAGACUCCAGGCAACCGACGCCGGCUCCUUGUUCUUGUCACCAUGGGCACUGGUUCCAACUGGGUUGGCAAUGGUAUCAUUGCUUAUUACCUGUCACCAGCCCUCAAGCUUGUGGGCAUCACUUCUUCAAGCGCGAUCGCGGGCAUCAACGGUGGCAUGGCGAUCUGGUCUCUUAUGUGGGCUUAUGCAGGAGCCAUGAGUGCAGAGCGUCUUGGUAGACGUACGCUUUGGAUCACAGGCACGGUUGGUAUGUGUGUCGCUUAUACAAUCAUAACUGGUCUCAGUGGCUCCUUUGCUGAGAACCCAUCACACGGCGUCGGUAUUGCUGUGGUCCCGAUGAUGUACCUCUUCAAGACGUUUUACUGCAUCAGUUGGUCGCCACUACCGUUUGCUUAUGGCGCUGAGAUUCUGCCUUAUAACCUCAGGCUGAAGGGUUUGAGUAUUGAACUGAGUGUUCAGAGUGUUGCGCUAGCUUUCAAUCAAUGGGUAAAUCCUGUUGCACUUGAGGCAAUUGCAUGGAAAUACUACAUCGUCUACAUUGCGGUCAUUGCCAUGUAUCUGGUUCUUAUCCUAUUCUUCUUCCCUGAGACAAGAAAUAUGACAAUUGAGGAGGUUUCCGUCCUCUUUGAUACAGGACGAAAAGGCGAUGCGGCAGCAGCUACUAGCAAGUUUCACAACAACCAGUCGAAGAUAAAUGAUAUGCUUGAUGAUGGAGAUGAUGCCGAUAAGGAACUCACUGUUUCGCGAGUAGAGAGAGCUUAA